AUGCCCGCGGACGACGUUGCCGAUUCCACAGACUGGCUGUCGACGCCAUUGUCCGGCUUGUACGCGGUCGAAUCGGCACUGCGAUGCGAAGUAUGCAAGGACUUUUACAAGACGCCCAUGAUUACGUCGUGCGCGCACACGUUCUGCUCGAUAUGCAUCCGCCGGGCGCUCGCCAACGACAGCAAGUGUCCGCUGUGCCGCGCCACCGACCAGGAGCUGAAGCUACGGAGCAAUUGGUCCAUGGAGCAGACCGUCGCCGCCUUUUCGGACACCAGGGCCGAGGCGCUCAAAUUUGCGCGCAGCGCCAGUAUCGAGAAGAAGCAGUCGCCAAAGCGGAAGGCGGAAGACGACGAAGAGAGUUCGCAGCCCGAGCCACAGUCGAAACGCCUACGAUCCUCGGCUAGGCUGAGCAGCCGUGCCGACGUUACACCGCCUGCGCCGAGUAUAGAUGUGGUAGAGGACUCCGAGGACGAGGAUUUUGAGCCAGAGAAUAAUGACGGAUUGGUACCUUGUCCCAUGUGCCAACGGAGAAUGAAGGAAUGGCAAGUCUUUGCCCAUCUCGAGUCAUGUCCAGGCCCGGACGCCGCAGCCGCAGCCGCAAGCCCCCGAAAACCAAACAUCAACACCAACACCACCCAGACGCAGCAAGCACAGCCGACCGGCCAAAUGCAGCGCCAGCAGCAAAAGACACUCGAGCGGCUGCCGUCGCUCAGCUACUCCAUCUUCAAGGAGCAGGCCCUGCGCAAGAAGCUCGCCGAACUGGGCAUCUCCAACCAGGGGCCGCGGCCGCUCCUGGAGCGCCGCCACAAGGAGUGGCUGACCAUCUGGAACGCCAACUGCGACGCGGCGCAGCCCCGGCGGCGCGCCGCGCUGCUGCACGACCUGGACGUGUGGGAGCGCACGCAGGGCGGCAGGGCGCCGACGGCGACGCUGGGCCGCGCCGCGCAGGCGGCCGCCGCCAUCAGGGACAAGGACUUUGACGGCGCGGCGUGGGCCAGCCGCCACGGGGACUCGUUCAAGGACCUGAUUGCAGAUGCGCGCCGGAGCAGGCUCGCGGCGCAGAAAAAAUCGGACGAUGCGGCGGCGGAAGAGGAGAGGGCGGACGGUGAGAAUGAUGGUGAUGAUGGUGGGCUGAAUCAAGAACUGAUUCGGGCGUCACCGGACCUCGACACCGCGAUGAAGGCAGCGUACGAGGAGCCUGCGGCGCCGAUAUCAAGUCAAACCAGUGGGUUUAUGCAAGAACAACAUUCAUAG